UACAUACACAACUCUGAAGUCAACAAACUUUUGUCCAAAGAAAGUCAGCAUCAUGGAAACUCUAAGAGAGCAGGGUCCUUCAAGCUACUUGGUUAAGCUGGUGGGUUUCUCUGAGGUUAGAUUAAGUCAUCAACCUUAUGAAUCUGCUGAUUUCGACGCUUCUGGACAUAAAUGGAGAUUGAUAUUUCACCCUGCUGGAAAGGAAGAAGAAGAUGGAAAAGACCAUGUUUCCAUUUAUGCGAGAAUCGAAAACGUUGCUGCUUCUGAGAUGCUUAUGAACAAUUGGGAGGUUGAUGUAGAACUCAAGUUCUUCAUCUACAAUCACAACGUCAAGAAAUACUCAAUUUUCCAAGAUGGAACUGUGAAGCGUUACAAUAAAGAGAAAAAAGAGUGGGGAUUUGCCCAAAUGCUUCCUCUUUCGAAGUUUAACGACCCAAAAAAUGGGUACACCGAUGGAGAUGCUUGUAUCGUUGGGGUGGACAUAUUCGUUACAAAGCCGAUAGUGAAGGUGGAGAGAGCUGUUUUCACACACAACCCACCUAACAACAAAUUCACCUGGAAAAUAUCUGAUUUCUCAAAACUAGGAGGCAAGAAAUAUCAUUACUCGGAUGAAUUUGUGGUCGGAGAUCGAAAAUGGCGAAUGAAGAUAAAUAAUCCAAAGGGAGACAAAGAGAUAAAAACACUUGCAGUCUAUGUUCAAGCCAUGGCAUAUCUGCCAAACGCGGUAGCUGCUAGCACUUAUGCAAAGCUCAAACUUCGGCUACUAAAUCAGAAAAACUCUAACCACAUUGAGAAACGCGUUUUUCGCUUUUAUUCGAAAGAGAAUCAAGAUGGAUCAGGGAUAUCUGAGUUAAUAUCUGUGGAGGAUCUAAAUGAUGAAUCAAAAGGGUACCUUGUGGAAGACACUAUUGUUCUUGAAACUACUCUGCUUUGUGUCACUAAGACUAAGUUCGUCGACUCUAUCUAAAGACUCUUAUUACCUUUCUCUUUCUUCUCAUACAUCUUUGGUUUGUAAGCAACAAAAAGUCUCAUUUGGU